AUGGGCAGCCUGCCGGACGAGCUCCACCUGGAGAUCCUCAACCGCCUCCCGCCGCUUCCGCAAGUGCUGGCGCGUGCCUCCGUCGUGUGCAAGACAUGGGGCGGCGUCGUGAACGACCCUGAUUUCCUCUGCGAGCUACACCGCAAGCACCGCGGGCCUCCGGCGACGCUAGGCUUCUUCCACAACUCAGACGAACUCCCGCACAGGUUCGUGCACGCCGGCAACCCAGCAAGCUUCGCCCUUGGAUUCGGUGAUCGGAGGACUGACUGGCAGUUCGUGGACUGCCGCCACGGCCGCGUCCUUCUCAGCGACGGGUGGGCUCAUCGUUUCCUGGUCUGGCACCCUAUGACCGGCGAGCGCCAUCUCGUUCGAGCGAAAGGACUUGGCAUGGAAGAAGCGCCCGACAACAACAACCAGGUCGGUGCCGCACUGCUCUGCGACUGCGCCACAGGCGAAGAGGGCCAAAGCCAAGGCAUGGGGUGCCAUGCCAGUCCCUUCCGCGUGGCCGUUUUGUUCAAGAACUCGCAGACGAACUGCAUGAUCGCAAGUGUCUUCUCCUCGCUCAGCAACCAGUGGAGCACGCCGGCGGAGCUGCCGCUGGCAUGGCAAGUCCGUUCGGAGCCCUGCAUAAUAGUCGGCAACAUCUUGUACCAGCCGCUCACCGACCGUGGCAUCCUUGACUUUGACACGGACGAGCGGACCUUGGCCACGUUACAGCGGCCAACACGCGGCAACGUGCGUCUCCUCAAGGUCGACGGCGGCGUGCUCGGCAUAGCCGGAGUUAUGGGGUACGAGCUGAAGCUGUGGGCGCUGGAGCUGGACGCUGAGACUUGGGUGCUUCGCAAGACAGUUGACUUGAGAGAGAUUCUCCCUGGUCUGCUUACGGCGCCGUCCCCCGAAACAGAUCCUCGUUUUACUUCUAUGCCACGGGUGAACAUCAUCGGGGUUGCAGAGGAGGGCGAUGCCCUGUUUCUGUGGACCAUGAUCGGCAUAUUCAUGCUCUGUGUGAAAUCCAUGGAGGUGACGAAGGUGCACGAGACUGCUGAGCUGAUGACCGUUUAUCCGUACGCAGCCUUCUAUCUCCCUGCUACUACUGGCAUGUAG